AGCGCUGUUUAUGCUCCUCUGAUCUCCGCCGCGCGCUCCGUGUGCACGCGCUCAGCGCAGGACGAUCUCGUUACAUUGUAGCGCGGCGUAACUGCGCGUCGUAAAGAGGAAGAACGCUCGAUCCGCGAAAACGCAACGUUUUUAAACUUUCCGUCGGAUACAUUCGUAUUCUUUGGAUACUCCGAAGCGCGUGGAGUGCGGUAAGCGAAGAGAGCGAUCCUGAUUUACGCACCGAAAGGAAGAUUUGGUUUCGGAUGGUGAUUCCGGACUCGCUCCUGAACAUCGGAAGCCCCGUGAAUGACCUCCAGAAGCAUGUAUCCGCACGGAAGACCCCAGGCUCCUCUGGUGUCAGGACACGCCGGCAUGAAGUUCACAGUGCUGGAAACUCUCGACCAUAUCAAAGAAGAAUUUCAGCUCUUCCAAGCUCAAUAUCACGGUCUCAAGCUGGAAUGUGAGAAAUUGGCGAGUGAGAAAACCGAGAUGCACAGACAUUAUAUCAUGUAUUAUGAGAUGUCAUACGGUCUGAACAUUGAGAUGCAGAAACAGGCUGAGAUUGUGAAGCGGCUCAGUGCUAUAUGCGCACAGAUCAUUCCUCUGCUGUCCCAAGAGCAUCAGCACCAGGUGGCACAAGCAGUCGAGAGAUCCAAACAUGUCAGCAUGGCCGAACUCAACGCCAUCAUAGGACAACAGCAGUUCCAGCAUCUAUCCCAUCAUGCCUCAGGUUUCCCUCUGACAGCACACCCCUCAGGACUGACUCUGGGAGCAGGCGCGAGUCUCAUGGCUCUACCCGGGGUCUUCCCGUUUCCCCCCCACCUGGCCCCUAAAGACGACGGCACUAACCCUGAGCAUUCGGACGCCAGAGCACUUGCUCACGACGGACAGGUUUCACAUGAUUCAUAUGGAGCUCCUGUCAGGAGUGGCGGCGGCUCUCCGGUGAGUCAUCGCUCUUCAGGUCUGCGACUCGGUCAUCCUCCCUCCUCAUCCUCAUCCUCUCACACUGAGAUGGACGGCAAGAGAAGCGGCUCAGAGCAGAGCAGCGCAGGACGAUCACGGCAGGAGAGCGACGGUAAAAGUGAAGACACGCUGAGAAAAGAUGGAGCUAAAGAGAAAAGCACAUCAUCCGCAGGGGUCUCUCCUAGGUCAGCCGAAGGGAACGGACUGAGCAGCUCUCCGGCUCCCCGGAGGAAUCCAUCCAGAGAUGGAGCGUCCCCGUCGUCAUCCCCACAGCCCCGCUCGCCCGCUCUCUGCAGGAGCCCCACCCAGGAAAAAGUGAGAUCUCCUUCUCCAGCCGUCUCUCAUGAUUCACUCUCUCCUGGCUCUACGGCAGCUCCCCCCCGCCCCGUGUCCUCCUCUGCCCGCGGUUCCUCUCCUGCUCUCAAACACUAGGACCCACUCCUAACCAUGGAGUGAGACUAGUGAAAGACAGCCGCUACCCCUCCCCUGCCCGCCCUCCCCAGAAUGCACAGGGGCCAAUCCCAGAAUGCAAGGGACUUGGGCAUCAGGUGCCUUGUCACAAGCCCUUCAUCCACCCUCGUGGCCCUCCGAGCCGAACUCUGAGCGAACCGCAUCUGUGUUCCCGUGCCGGGGCGUAAUCAGCCAAUCAGCUGUCUGACAGCUCUGUCAGCCAAUUAGAACGCAAGCUGAAUAUUCUGACAGGAUGGAAGUCCCAGCCCAGGAGGGAUGGAGACCAUCUCGUUUCAACAGGUCAGGUCUGCCCUCAAAACUCUUCCAGUUAUUUAUAAAAACUAUAUCAUUCUGCAGGCACCACUCAGACAACCAGCCAUUUAGUGAAUAUAAUCUGCUAUAAAUCUCAUCACCACGAUAAGCAUUGAGGGGGCCAGAGAAUAUUACAGUGUCUGACAUCAUGCUUGCGAGCUCACACACCUCUUUAAUGUUAUCUUUUGUGAUCUCCGAUUGACGGAGUCGAACAUCAUUUGUGCCGACGUGAAUAACAAUCUUACUGAAUUUACGAUUAGCCUUAGCCAGCACAUUUAAAUUUGACUUGAUGUCAGGCGCUCUGGCUCCCGGUAAACAUUGGACUAUGGUGGCUGGUGCCUUUAAGUUUAAGUUUAAUAAAUGAAAUGUGACCCUGGACCACAAAACCAGUCAUAAGGGUCAAUUUUUCGAAAGUGAGAUUUAUAUCAUCUGAAAGCUGAAUAAAUAAGCUUGAAACUCUGGAAUCUGAUGGUGCAAAAAAUAAAAAUAUAGAGAAAAUCGCCUUUGGUUCAUCAGAGGCGCUAUAGCAGGCUGUUGCCAAGAAGAAACUGGUUUGUUUUAACGCCCUCUAUUGGCUCAGCGUUGUGGAGAGUAGAUAAACAUUAAAUCUGAAAUUUUAAGCUUUACACAGAUACCAAACUUGAGUGGGUAAUUCUCAAAGAGCGGGCAGCAGCACGUGAAGUUGUAGCCGUGUUAACGGCCAUUUUUGUUAGCGAUUUUGCUGCAUCCACACAGUAAAGUUUUGAUAUAUUUAUGGUAAUAAAUGUACAAAAUAUUUCCAUGGAAUUAAAAUUAUUUAUUAUUUUAUUUAUAAACAAAUAUUUUCAUCUCUACUUAAUAUCAUCCACAUGAUUUUUGGCAUAAAAGAAAAAUUGAUCUUUUUGACCCAUACAAUGUAUUUUUGGCUAUUGCCACAAAUGAAGAGGUUGGUUCCGAAAUUAAAUAAAUCAUGUUUUUUAUUAUGUUAUCAUGUUUUUCUUGUGUUUACUUGUGUUAGUUAGCUGUAUUUUUUGAGUUAUUAUGGCUUAAAUCAAAACAAACCAACUGCAAUUUGAUUGCUAUUAAUUGGAAUGCACAAUUUGUUUUAUCUCAUUUUGGAACCAAAUUCUUCAAAUAUACCUGUGCUACUUAAGACUGGUUUUGUGGUCCAGGGUCACAAAUGUUUGUACAUGGUUGAAACAUGUUUUCUUAGCUGUUAUUAGGGAUAUUUAUAUAUAUUAGUGGUAACAGAAUCAUCACUCAUGUCUGUUGUACAAUAUCCAUCAUUUUGCAUCAUAAUUCUCUAUGAAGUAUGAUGCGUAAUAAUCUGUAUUUCUUUCUGUAUUUCUUUCAGUGUGACAGGCAAAUGAAAACAAGAUACGGAUUUCUACCUAUCUCCCACACAGAAAUGGACGGAGAUGCAUAGUCAAAAUGAGUUCAGUAGAAGAUGUGGAAAUUUCUAGACAAAUGAACAUUACAGUUGUUCCUGUUGUACCUCCAGUUUCCCCCACAGAAGAGCUUUAAACUGUGUUUCAGUAAAAGCCAAAAGUCACCACAAUUUCCCCCGCCAUUGACCCUAAAGAACUGUCUUUAUAUUUGUUUUUUUGCACAGUAUGUAAACUAAUCUCACCUGCUAUCUGCGUUUGCUUGUAAACUUUCUUUUGUUCAGAUUAACAGUUAUUCACUUAAUGAUGUUAAAUUAAGCAAUACGAUACAAGAAGCUGUUCUGCAUUGUGAAUAUAAUGUACAUCUACACAACACAACACCCUAUUCAUAAUACAAAACAGCCUUAUUGCAUUUAUGAAAACUGUUAAAAUAUCAAGAUAUCAAUCUCAUUAAAACAUUAUUUUGAGAAAAUA